AUCUCACCAGCUCACUAGUGGCUUGCUGCUGCUUGGAAACGGUCCACUUUCAGAGAGCACCUCCUAACUGAAGUCACAAUUCCUGCAAUUUUCCUGUAUUUUGCCGAAUUGAAAAUGGAAGAAGCUUCUCUCUAGUACAGAAUACUUCAAACCCCAAAUAUCGGCUACUGCAGAGACCAAGGAUGUGGCUGGAGUAAGUGGCUUCUUUUGAUACAUAAGUGCCACAACUUCAUCAGUGUGGUGUGGAUUCUGCCAAUCUAGAACCAGCUGUAGUCAAUAACUUGUGCCGACUUCUAGAAAAGAAUUUGGAUCACCGUUGAAAUCAGCUACUGCAGAGACCAAGGAUGUGGCUGGAGUAAGUGGCUUCUUUUGAUACAUAAGUGCCACAACUUCAUCAGUGUGGUGUGGAUUCUGCCAAUCUAGAACCAGCUGUAGUCAAUAACUUGUGCCGAAAGAAUUUGGAUCACCGUUGAAAUCAAUUGAGACAGUGAAGAAGAACGUCACUGGAUGAAAUGGCUUACUACGACGAAAAUGGGGAGAAUAACCCGUUCAGAAGUGGCGUGGAACAUGACACCAUGGUACGAACUUUACUCAAUAACCCAUUCCGAAUCAGCGGGUCAACAGCCGAAGGUGACAACUUCUUACAAAAACGUACUUUCUUCAAUUGUUUGGUAAUUAGUAAUGAGCCUCGAAAAUUACCCGGCACAAAACAAAUAGCGAAAAUCAUAAGAGAAACUUAUUUCUUAGGGAAUGUAUUAGAUUCUUAUAACUAUGACGUGGAUGAGUCUGUAACUGACUCUGACUGGGAUCAUGAUUAUAAUGAAGUGUAUUUGUCUGAGGUACCUUUGGAGAGUAGAUUUCCUGAACCAUCCAGUACAAAAUGUGGAACUCGUCCACAUCCUAGAUCCAGUAAACGACUUAAAACGGGAAAACAUAUAAGAAAACGUUCACAACGUGGAAUUGAUCCACAUCCUGAAACCACCGCACAACCCAAAACCAGAGAACAUCAUAGAAAAAGUACUCAAUAUGAAACUAGUCCACAGCCUGGAACCAGUUCACAAUUUGGAACAAGUGAACAUCGUGGAACUAGUCCACAACCUGGAACCAGUUCACAAUUUAGAACAAGUGAACAUCGUGGAACUAGUCCACAACCUGGAACCAGUUCUCAAUUUGGAACAAGUGAACAUCGUGGAACUAGUCCACAACCUGGAACCAGUUCACAAUUUAGAACAAGUGAACAUCGUGGAACUAGUCCACAACCUGGAACCAGUUCACAUUCUGGAACAAGUGAACAUCGUGGAACUAGUCCACAACCUGGAACCAGUUCACAAUUUGGAACAAGUGAACAUCGUGGAACUAGUCCACAACCUGGAACCAGUUCACAAUUUAGAACAAGUGAACAUCGUGGAACUAGUCCACAACCUGGAACCAGUUCACAAUUUGGAACAAGUGAACAUCGUGGAACUAGUCCACAACCUGGAACCAGUUCACAAUUUAGAACAAGUGAACAUCGUGGAACUAGUCCACAACCUGGAACCAGUUCACAAUUUAGAACAAGUGAACAUCGUGGAACUAGUCCACAACCUGGAACCAGUUCACAAUUCGGAACAAGUGCACAACGUGGAACUAGUCCACACCUGGAACCAGUUCACAAUUUGGAACAAGUUCGACAACCUGGAACCAGUUCGCAAUUCGGAACAAGUACACAACGUGGAACUAGUCCACAACCUGGAACCAGUUCACAAUUUAGAACAAGUGCACAUCGUGAAACUAUUCCACAACCUGGAACCAGUUCACAAUUUAGAACAAGACAACAUCGUGAAAGUAGUCCACAACCUGGAACCAGUUCACAAUUUAGAACAAGACAACAUCGUGGAGCUAGUCCACAACCUGGAACCAGUUCUCAAUCUAGAACAAGUUCGCAUCGUGGAAUCAGUGAACAAACUGAUAACAGUGCACAACUCGGAUUCGGUGAACCAUUGGACUUGGAGAGUUGCUGUAAAAUCACUACACAAAACAAGUGAACUAGAUCAAAACUGGCGUCCGACUGCUCUCAUGUGUACAGUCCAACUGACUGUAGUGUACUGGGAACUGCGCUGUCGCCGCGCGGUUCAGGUUGAAAGUCUGGGCGGCGCAGUGCGCGGCGCGUCCACAUUUGAGUGA